AUGAGCGCGCGGCCAAACGAGGCGGCUUCUCCGUCCGUCAAGAUCAAGUCCCCAGAGGCUGGCACACCUCUAUUUGGUUGUGAGCAUGUUCAGAUUCUUCUCUCCAACAGCCCCGAUGUCAUGGCAAGCUCUAUCCAGUAUUACAAGAUGCUGCUCCGCGUGAUAUACGACAGUACUGCUGUCGUUCCACAGACCUCAAAAAUUCCCGAGGGCAUCAUUACUACCUCGCUGACGUCCAAUUAUCUUUGCUUGCAAUGCUCCGCCAUCGUGCCAGAAGAGGAGCGCACGAAGCAUGCUUCCAAAAAGGGCCACCGCUUCUACGUCGACUCGCGGACUGGUUCCUUCUACUGCCAUCUAUGCGAAGAUUUCGUAUGGGACCCGACGUUGGAAGAGCUGAGAGUCAAGAAGCUCGGCACGGGCACAUUUAGCGGCCGUAAGCGAAAACAUGAGGAACUGUUCUCCGAUCCAGUCAAAGAUGACCCUCGAUAUAUCCCCAAUAAUACCACAUUGGCUUCAUGUAAAGCCGAUGGCUUACGUGGUAUAUACAAUGCUGGUGCGACUUGUUAUCAGAACGUUGUGCUGCAGAGCUUUUUGCACAAUCCGAUUUUGCGGAAUUUCUACCUUAGCGAUGGGCAUCACGAGGGAGACUGUGAAGUCUCUCAUUGUCUGAGUUGCUCCAUGGACGCUAUGUUCCAAGAGUUCUACGCAAUGGAGAACACUAACGGUUAUACCGCCGCCAACAUCCUUUCAGGCUUCUGGAUCAGUGAGAAGAAGGCCUUUGAGAAUCUGGUGACCACAAAGGAGCAGGAUGCCCAUGAGUUCUUCCAGUUUCUUGCUGAGGAGCUCCACGAACGCAACGGCGACGGCAAGAGACCAGAGACGGGCAGCGAACACAGCUGCAACUGCAUCAUCCAUCAGACCUUUUACGGAAAACUCCAGAGGCAGACCACAUGCCAGUCGUGUGGCGGCGUUACGGACGCAGUGGAAUCGUUCUUGGAUCUCAGCCUGGGACUUGACAACCUGGCCCAGAAGCGUAGCAAGAAGAACAAGAAUGCCCCUGUCAGCCUCACCCUGCAGGAGUGUCUCGAUGAAGAGUACAUCAAGUCAGACAAGUGCGAUUACCGCUGUCGGAACUGUGACUCUAUGCAGCAGGCCCGGCGCGACAAUAGCAUCAAGCUACUGCCCAACACGCUAUCUAUACAGCUCAAGCGAUUUGAGUACAAGCAAGGCAUUCGAGAGACAAAGGCGUCAAAGAUUGAAACACCAGUACAAUUUCCGUUGACAUUAAACAUGACUCCCUACACGUCUCGUGGCAGGUCAGCAGCCGGACAAGAGAGCCAGGAGCUCGCUCGCUCGUGCACAUACGAUCUCCUAUGUGUCGUGGUUCAUGUGGGAGAAAUCGACACGGGGCAUUAUGUGUCAUAUUGUCGGGUGGGCGACCAGUGGUUUGCAUUCAAUGACCACCGCGUGGAAUUGGCCACCAAGUCAGAGGUCCUAAAUGCCAAGGCAUAUCUCUUGUUUUACAUUAUUCGCUCCUUAUCAUAA